GGAGAGGCAGGAGAAAGAGGGAGAGGGGAGGAGGAUAAGGAGGCAGGGAGCGUGUGUGCGCGCAUGUGGAUGUGCGUGCGCGUAGAUUGCACCACCGCAUCUUGUUCACCGUUUCUGCAGGCGGCCAUGCUCUGAUGGAGGGAAUAAAACUGACAACCGUCUCUUUACUCUCGGAAUUGUCAGUCGCCACGUCAUUCCAGAUGUGACUGACAAGUCGUUACAUGUCGCCUGCUUUCACCUCUGUACUGUUUAACGCGGAGAGGCUGUGACAUCAUGGCUUUGGUUAUGGAACCUAUAAGUAAAUGGACACCAAAGCAAGUGCUGGACUGGAUGAAAGGUCUGGAUGACUGUCUCCAGCAGUAUGUGAAGAGUUUCGAGCGAGAGCAAAUGGGCGGGGAGCAGCUUUUGCACAUCACCCAUCAAGAGCUGGAGGAGUUGGGGGUUACGAGGAUAGGGCACCAGGAGCUCAUCCUAGAAGCAGUUGACCUCCUAUGUGCCCUGAACUAUGGCCUCGAGACAGAAAACCUCCGGACUCUGUCACACAAGCUCAAUGCUUCAGCCAAGAACCUCCAGAACUUCAUCCUGGGCAGAAGGAGAGGAGGACACUAUGAUGGAAGAGCUUCCCGGAGGCUACCCAAUGAUUUCCUCACCUCAGUGGUGGAUUUGAUUGGUGCAGCAAAAAACCUACUUGCCUGGCUUGACAGGUCUCCAUUUGCCAGUGUGACAGAGUAUUCAUUACUGAAGAACAAUAUUGUGCAACUCUGCCUAGAAUUAACUACCAUUGUACAGCAGGAUUGCACUGUAUAUGAGACAGAGAAUAAGAUUCUUCAUGUGUGUAAGACCUUAGCGGGGAUAUGCGACCACAUCAUUUCUCUUUCAUCAGACUCUCUGGUCUCUCAGUCAGCGCAUCUGGAAGUGGUCCACCUGACAAGCAUCAUGCCCAGUGAAGGCCUGGGGAUGUACAUCAAAUCAACAUAUGAUGGACUCCAUGUUAUUACUGGGACCACAGAGAAUUCUCCAGCAGAUCAGUGCAAAAAGAUUCAUGCGGGUGAUGAAGUCAUCCAAGUCAACCAUCAGACAGUGGUGGGCUGGCAGUUGAAGAACCUAGUGAACGCUUUAAGAGAAGACCCAUGCGGAGUCAUCCUAACGCUGAAGAAAAGGCCACAGAACACCCUGAGUUCCACUCCGGCUCUGCUGAGGAAUGUGCGCUGGAAACCACUGGGCUUGCAGCCGGUCCCCAACAGCCCUACCAGUACAUCCCCUACACCAGGUGGAACUUUAGGCAUGUCCAAAAUGGAUACCCAGGAUGUCUACAUCCUUUCUCCAAUCUCUGGACUCUACAGCCCCAGGGAGGAAUUGGGUUUGAUUUCAUGUGAUGAAAUCACCCGGUACAGUGUGACCUCCCAGUCUGGUUCUAAAGGGUCAGAGACUGUCAGCUACUAUUUGGACCAGGACAGUGGUCAGUACUUCUCUCUUUUGGAGGGAGACAGACCACCAGGAUCUGAAUAUGACAGAGGCCGUAAUACGGGCGUGCGCAGGCGGGACAAGACCCCCACACAUGGUGACCUCAGACCUGUGUCCAUGCCUCCCGAAUAUAACUGGAUAGCCGAGGCCAAGGAACCGAGCAUGGGCAAGAGAGGGAGUCGAGAUUCAGACAACUCCCUACUACGUUACCUCAGCGAUGACAAGAUCCUGGUUAUUGAGGAGGAGCCCGAAGGUCUGGGUAGAGAAAGCCGCAGGGACUCCACCAGACGCUCUCGGCGCAAGACCCGAAAUCCCAGCAGCCCUAGCUUUCCCCUCAGCCCAUCCAUGCUGUCCUCCACACUGCGCUUAGACCAGCCACCCGAUCCUUUGCCUCGAGGCGCGGACACACUGCGAGCAGACACAACAGACAGGUACUCCGGUUCUGGAAGCUCAAGUGCAGCCUCCAUGAAGAAGUCUUUCCAUUACACCUCAUUGAGAACGAAAACCAAAAAGAGAAGUAAAGGUUCGCUCACUAGUGCCAGUCGAAGGAGAAUUUCCUGUAAGGACCUCGGCCACGGUGACUGCGAAGGCUGGCUGUGGAAAAAGAAGGAUGCUAAAGGAUACUUUACACAGAAAUGGCGGAAGUAUUGGUUUAUCCUGAAAGAAUCUUCCUUGUAUUGGUACACCAAUCAGAAUGAUGAGAAAGCUGAGGGCUUCAUCAGCCUCCCUGAGUUCAGAAUAGACCGAGCCAUUGAGUGUAGACGGAAAUUUGCCUUCAAAGCCUGCCAUCCGAAAAUCAAGAGUUUCUUCUUCGCCACUGACUGUCUCGAGGAAAUGAAUAGGUGGAUGAACCGGCUUGGGUUGGCUGCUAUUGGUUACACACCGGAUGACAAAGUGCCACGUCCUGAUGAAGACUAUUGGAGUGAGAGUGAUCAAGAUGAGGUCGAUGGCUCCAUGACACUCAAACAAGAGGGACCAUCCGCUCUCUGCGAUACUUACCACCGUACAUCAUCAUCUAACCUCCUCCACACUUAUGACCAAUUGCCCCGUUCUAUGAGCUCCAUGAGCCUCAUGCGCUCCACUCCUUCUCCCCUUCCUCUACCAAUGAGUGCCUCCACCUCCCCCAUCCCUCCACAGAUGGUCUCUUCCACCUCCCCUCUUCCUCUGCAGGUAAAUUCUUCUAGCCCCUUCCCAGAGCCAAAGCAUGGGCGGCAUUUUUCCAGCGAGUCCACCCACUCCCACUCAUCUGCAGAAGACCAGCGUGGAGAGGGACUGGGCAUGGGCACAGGAACAGGCAGCACCAGUACCCACUCCUCAGGUUGCCGGUCUUCACAUCGUGAGCGUCGCUCCUGGCAGGACCUCAUUGAGACCCCUCUAACCAGCGCAGGGCUGCAUUUCCUCCAGACGGCACCGGGGGAAAGCGAUUAUGGUGGCCUAAUGGGAAGCAUGGCCGGUGAGAUGGGGCUCUAUGGAGGACUGGGCAGACAGGGCAUGUCCCCGGAGAGACGCAGGCAGGCUACGCUGCCAGUACGGAGACAUCACGCCGCAGAGAGAGACAGGGAUCGGGAUGGGCCUUUCCCCCUGGAGCGUGGUCCACACACACACAGCUACACACACCGACGCUCCCAUAAGCAGCGUAGUCAGAGUCUUCCCAGGAAUAGGGACCCAUUUGGAGGAAAGCUGAUACACUCAUCACCUCAUAUGGAAGAGAGAAGUGAAGAUGAAGAGGCAGAGAGGCGGGCUGCAGAUAUGCUUGAGGGUGAGGAGGACCUGCGGGAGUUGAGAGUCGAAAGCAGAGAGAGGAGGGUCUCAGAGGUAAGGGAGAGGCGGGUGUCAGACGGCCGUGAACCUGAGCCAUUGGAUGGACUAGAGCAGCUGUACCGGGCCCUCGAACAAGCCAACGUUACAGCGCUAGGUGACCCAAGACCCUGUAGCAGGCAAGAACUUCGACGAGGUUUCUCUCAGAGAGUCAGGGACCCCCUUCUGAACGACAGACUGCACCGCGUCAGAGCUCUACGCAGCACCUUGAAGGCCAAAGAGUCUGAGCUCGCUGUAAUCUGCGCCCUCCUGGAGGACCCAGGCCUGUGCUCCCAGACCUUCAGAGAAUGGAAACAGUGGCACAGUGAGCUCUAUUCCGACAUCUGUCAGCUCAGCCCCGGCACCAAUGGCCAGGACGAUCUUUCCCCGCUGAGCGCUCCCAUCAUGACCCACACACACUCCUUUAUUGAGACCCAUGUGUGAGAUACAGGACAGGAUUGGACUCCCGAUCGCUCUCUCACACUCUCUCUCUCUCUUUCUCACAUCCAGACACAUGUAUACACACACACACACGCACACACACACAGUAACACACUUUGUUUAUUCUUUACUGGAUCCCCAUUAGCUUUUGGAAAAUACAAAAGCUAAUCCUGGGGUCUGUCACCUUGUAACGUGUAAAUAUAGAGGCAACAGUCUGAGAUAUGAGUGUAUGAACUUUUGAUAAUUCUGUGGACCCCACAGGGUGCCUGUUGCAUGCCUGAACAGAAACCAUGAAUCUUCUUUUGUCUGUGGAACUCAGCAUAAAGUCCACAUGCCUGUCAAGAAGGAAAUGGAGGAUAAUGAAAAUGUUUGUACAUGUUACAUGUCCUUUGUCUACUCUUGUUUUUGCGAUAGUUCUGAUUGAUUUAGUGUGUGUGUGUGUGUGGGGGGGGGGGGGGGGGGCGGGUGUUACUACUACUGUAUGUAGCAGCAAUACAGAAGAAUUCUUUUCACCACAGCACUGUACUUUUGUACUAAUGAACUUGCACCCAGAGCCACCAAUCCUCCCCCUUCACUCUUCUCUUUAUUUCCUCACUGCAUAUCAUGCUGAUAGCCCUGUUUCACAUGGAUCUGACAGGGCAGUGUGGGGAUAGGAUGAUCAGUGACUUUACUGUAUUUGAAGACUGUGAAAGGCUGGUUAAUCUCUCUUUACCAAUGAAAAUAAACACUAGUCAACAAGAACCAUUUUUCUAUACACACAAUUUCAAACUGUGAAAAUGUUUAUCUGCACAAGGAGGGGAGGUUCCUCUGAUUGUGUGCAAAUCUGUAAUUUUUAUUUUCUCACCACCACUCAUCUCUCUUCUUCUUCAUCUAACUUUUGGUUGUCAUUUUUUUUUCUCUUUCAAUUGUUGUGUAUAUGUGUAUACUACUGUGUAUACUGAUGUAAAUGUUUGCGUUCCACUACCACUGUGAUUGGCUUUUAGAGACGAACACUGAGCGUAUGUACUUAAAUUUGUGCAUUUUUUUUCCGUUAAACUGUUAGAGCAAGAAUCAUUUUCAAGGGAGUCUGUCACUGCAAAGAAUGCACUUUCUAUAUAUUUCCAUCUCAUUGGCAACAUCACAGGGUCUGUCUCAUUGGUCUCUUUACCAUUGCUGUUCAAAAUAUCAGGUAAACACAUCUCGUUUCUGAAGAUUUAUGUACAGUCAACUAAUAUAUUUAAACAUAGAAAAAUAUAUAACUAUUUAUGUUUUGUGUCAUAAAUAUAAUGUAAAGUAUGACGUAUUCUAUGCCAAGGUUUUGCAUUGUACCCCUCUUCACUCUGUUUCUGUCGAAACAGUUGAACUCAGAGCAAGCCCAUCAUUAACCUGAGUGACGUUUUUUUUUAUUGGUAUACAAUAAGGCCAACCCAUAGACUUUCUCCUGGUGAUGCAUUGCAUGAGAAAAGGCCUGGGACUGAUUUGAUUGGAGAGGGUAAAAUAUUGUGAAUCAUUUAAAUUUUGUUAUACUCCGGUUGGUUGCAGUAUUGAUCGACUUGUAGCGCAUGAUACACAAAAGCACCAUUGAAGAAUGAUUUUUGACUUUUUUGUUUUGAGAUUUGAGGAACUUUUCUAUCUGUGUUAAGACAUGCACUGAACAAGAACUGGAAAAUGGCGUUGGACAGUCUAUUAAUCAGAAUAUGAUGCAUUGCUUCAGCAUCCGAGAAGGAUGUGACAAUAAUUUAGUUUAUGCACCACAGAGUGAGCCCAAGUUACAAAAAUGCAGUCACUUUGAAAAGAAAGGGCCGUUUGAUAAUCUGUUCUUGAAUAUAAUAUCAUGCGAUAAUGGUAUUAGUCAUGUCUGACCAAGAUCGAGCUAAGAACUCUAUAGCGUCCCCUGGAGUGAAUGACUCAGACUUGUAGUAUCUUCUGCAUCAAGCACUAUUUUUGCGUAUUCUUCACCUUUUACUGUUAAUGAAAUUAUUUUAGUCUAGUUUUAGUUUGUAUCAUCAUGUUACAUGCUUGCAAAAUAUCAAACACAACCCAGACAUACAGUUCUGUUUUCGAAUGGUUUAUUUGAAAGUACCACAAAGAAACUAAAUGAUGCAAGCACUUUUCCUGUGCCUCCCAACCCCCUCUUUGGCAACGAUAGACUGACUAUAUUGGACUUCCGAGAUACACAGAGCUGUAGAAGACUGAGAAUGGAGUCUUGGUCUGCAGAGGUCUAUAUGUUCGUCUAGUCAUCAUUUGGUUGGUUGUCCUUCACCACCUGCUGCUCAGCAAAACAGCAACUUGUCUGUAGACAUACAGAGGACAAGUUCUGAUUUGUGGCCCCAGACUGUGUUAUCAUCCCCAUCAUCUUUGUGUGUGUAGACCUGCAGAACCAGGCUGAAAAGGGAGAUUCCACGGUGUGUCCUUUCAGGGGUUUACGCCUCAUGGUACAUUGCACAGGUGUGUAAGAUGUAAGUUGCACUGCGACAUAAAAAAGGAACAUAUUGCUCUUUUUCAAGGAUGAUAUUAGCUUACUGUAAUUCUGUACAAUAAACUGACUCGAGAUGAUAUUUAAAAAAAAAAAGAAAGACAAGUACAUUUAUUCUUCCUAAAGUAGCCUUUUUUUGGUUUCAUAUAUAUGAAUAUAUAUUACAAAAAUACAGAUUGUAAGUUGUUAAACUUUGACUCCAAUAA